AUGGAUGAAUCCAUCUAUCCGAGACCGGAGCUAAUCAUUCCAGAACGACACCUAAAGGAUGGCCAAUGCAUCAAGGAUGACCGAAUAACAGGAUUUUCAGUCGGUAAAAGAGCCUGUUUAGGUGAGAACCUGGCUAGAAUGGAGGUUUUUAUGUUUUUCACGACGCUAAUGCAGAAGUUUCAAUUCGAGCCAGAGGGUGUGUAUCCGCCAGAGAUCAGAAGCCAAACAUCUACUCUCCGCGCUCCUUUGCCAUAUAAAAUUCGUGUCAUUGAUAGAUGUGUAUAG